UCAAAAACACAAAUGCCACGUGGCACAACCCAAUUGAACAGAAACACAAAGACACACCAGAGCCACUAAAUGACUCCACUAACAUGAUCCAAUCCAAAAAAAGAACCAAAACCUCUGUCAUUUGUGAGUUUGGGGACUUUGUGGCAAACGUUUCUUCAUAGUCUUCCACAAAUGUCUCUAAACACAAAGUAAACUCACAAACCAAUUAUUCAAUUCAAUCACCAUGGCUUUAGCUCCAAGUAGCCAUGUUUCUCUUUACACUUCACCAUUACCAAAAUCAAUCCUAACCACCACAACAGCUACUAACAAGUUAUGUUUUUCACUCAAGAACACACUGUUUUUGAGCAAUUCAACCUCUUUUGGCAACACCCUUUUGGCGAAACCAUUGAAUUUUGUAGUAAAAGCCGAGGCUGAAACCGCUUCUGAGAGCGGUUCCAGCCAAGGAGAAGGGAAAGAAGAAAAAGAAGAAGAAGAACAACCUUAUGAAGAGUAUGAGGUUGAGAUAGUUCAACCUUAUGGAUUGAAAUUUGCUAAGGGAAGAGAUGGUAAGACUUAUAUCGACGCCAUUGCGCCCGGCGGUGAAGCUGACAAGACUGGGAAAUUUAGUGUUGGUGAUAGAGUCAUUUCCACCAGUGCAGUUUUCGGGGAUGAAAUAUGGCCUGCAGCCGAAUAUGGAAGAACAAUGUACACAAUUCGCCAAAGAAUUGGUCCAUUGCUCAUGAGAAUGGAGAAGAGAUAUGGGAAGAGAGAAGAGGAUGGCGAAUUGACCGAGAAGGAGAUCAUUAGAGCCGAAAGAAACUCGGGUGUGAUUAGCAAUAGAGUGAGGGAAAUUCAAAUGCAAAAUUACAUGAGGAAAAAAGAGCAGAAGCAACAGCGCGAAAUUGAUCUUAGAGAAGGGCUUAAAUUUUACAAAAAUGGUAAGUAUGAGGAAGCAUUGGAGAAAUUUGAGUCUGUUUUGGGAUCAAAACCAGAUCUUAAUGAAGCUUCAGUAGCAAGUUACAAUGUUGCUUGUUGUUAUUCUAAGCUUAAUCAGAUACAAGCUGGAUUAUCAGCCCUAGAAGAUGCCUUGAAAAAUGGAUAUGAAGACUUCCAGAGAAUCAGAACAGAUCCUGAUCUUGCUACCCUAAGAGCAUCUGAAGACUUUGAUCCAUUGCUAAAGAGAUUUGAUGAGUCAUUUAUCAAUGAAAAUGCCAUUAAUGCAAUCAAGUCCAUAUUUGGCAUUUUCAACAAGAACUGAGAAAUUUGUACUAUUCUUCUAAAUUAUUUUCUUAUAUAUAAAUUGUGUAAACUUAUGUAAAGCUAACAAAAGGGUUGGCUGAGGCUUUUGGUUUCAGGGAAUCAAUUUGUUUUUAAUUUGUUCA